UUAGCGGAGGCUUCAGUGGUGGAUAGAUGGGGCAGGUUUCGUUAGUAUAGCGAGUAAUCCUCGAAGUCUGUAAUUCUCUGUACAAACUGAAAAGGGGAACAGUUUUACUUUUGCCUGUCGGAGUUUGAAGACGACCUGAAAAUCAGAAAUAGUGUCUAUGCCUAGAGAGAUAAAAAAUGCUAGAUAUAAUUCAGUCAGCGAUCCAACAAAGUGGAAAAAGCUGUUUUCCAACGUUGCUCAAACUUUCCCAGGACGAUGUCAUUGAUAUUUGGGGGAACGUCUCCGGAUUUGUUGAACGCCAGAUGUUAGUACAAAAGGGUGUCUACAUUCCCGGGCUGGGAACAUUCAGUUUCUCAAGGCAAAAACUGGAUGUAGGAAACAACAAAUUUACUUUAAUUCAGAGGCCAGUAUUUCUUGUAUGUGAGAAGUUUGCACUGAUUCAUGGACUUAAGCACACACGGCCAUAUACUGAAGGCAAUAUCCCUAUUGUCCAGCUUAAUUUUGUGGCAUUAUCUCUGGAGACUCCCUUUGACCGAGAUACUGUUGAAGGUUGUGUUAGAGAGACUUUGCAAGUUUUGUCUCGAUCGGUUGCCUUAAAGAAGAAUGCAGAGUUUUCUUUCAGAGGAAUUGGUUUACUCAGCAUCAAUAAUGGCAAAGUCAAAAUGAAAUUUUUCAAGGACUUUCUCAACUUGAUGGAUGGUAGCGGAGAUCUGAUUAAAGCACUUUCAAAUAGACCUGGAACAUGUGACUCAGUGAUAUCAAACAGAGAGAGCCUAAUGUCACAAUGUGGUACAAGCAACACAGUGCGACUUCCAAGAUUAGACAAUAAGAUCAUGCAGUCAAUCACAGAAGAAGCAGAAACAGUUGAAGAAGAAGAACAAGAACAGACAACACAAUGGCUAGAAAAUCAGGAAUCAAAUAAUGAAGAAAAAAAUGAAGAUAAACAUAUAGAGGCUGGAGAGAUGAACAGAGACAUUGCCUCAGCCAGGCUGCUGUCUCCAAGGAAGUACAUCACUCCUGCAACAGUGACUGCCGUUAACCUAACUGAUGAUCUGGUGAUAAACAAAAGGCUUAAAACUGCCCCUGAGAGGUUGAUGUCACCAGCCCCCCCUCAGUUGCCAAAGUCAGACAAGGAGAGUUCUACCAACCAUGUAAAAUGGAAUAAAACUCCACCAGCUAGUGAAUGUCCUGAUCAUUGCAGGGCAGGACAGGAGUUAUGUUACUUGUGCAUGCAGCGUGCCCAAAGGAACAUACCAGUGUAUCUUGCACAGGAGAAAUGGAAGAAAGAACUGGAAGAAGACAGAAUAUUGCAACAGUUUCAGCAUGUUAGAGAUCUAGAAGCAAUGCAGAAAAAACAGGAAGAUAUGCAAGCAGCCAGAGAACACAGUCAGAAAGUUGCUGCCUUUAAUCUGGGAGUUGCUGAGGCUAUCAGAGCUGGAAAGAAUGCCAGACCAUCUGAAUUUUAUACAUCCUACAUUUUUCAAAGACGACCACUGACCCCUUCACGUUUCCCAAAGCAAGAGAUAUAUGCACGAAGCUUAGCAAUGCAGGUGGAUGAGAAAAAAGAGAGAGAGUCAAGAUGGAAACAAGAUAAAGAAUUUUUAGAUCGAUUGGAACUAAUGCAACUUACAAGAGAUAUAGCAUUCCAGCGGGAGCGUUAUCAAAGGGAAAAGGCUGGACAAAUGCAAACAUAUAAAAAUGCUUUGGAUGCUCAGAUGCGAGCAAAACCACCAUACUUACCCCCAUUUGAGCCUGACUCUGUUGGACCUAUUUUUGGUAAAUAUGACAUGAGCAAUGAGAAACUGGCUGAGAAUAGGAAACGUGCCGUUGAAGCAUUCAAGCACCAACUACAGGCAGCAGCAGACAGGAGAAAAAAUGCCAUUCUCCAUCAACUGACAGAACAGAAGAAAGAACAGGAAAUGCUAGAUCAGUGCAAAAAUGAUAUGUUGCUUGAUCAAACAACCAGAUUUGAGAAACAGCAGAAGAUACAAAGUGAGCUUGAAGAAGACUGGGACCAAAGCAUACAGAAAAAACAGCAGAAGCAGCAUGAUGAAGAUCUUUUCCACAAAGCUGGAAGCCAUCUUCUACUUGACCAAUGUGAAAAAUACAAGCGCUGCAUGCAGUGUAAACGUACAACAAGCAACUGUGGAGAAUCUAACAUCUGGAGUGACUCACGUUACAUACCAGGAUCACGUUUGAUGGUCUAAAAACAUAUUUGCAAAAGAGAACAGUUUCUGAUAGCUGUCACCUUUCUGACAAGUUUUGAGUUGACUACUAAUACCUUAAUGUAAGGUUUAAAAUGCAGUUACAGAGAUUACUUUUUUAAUGCCAUAUGGAUGAAUUUUACAAACAUGGCUGCAGUUUUUGAAAGUCAUUGUUUUGAUGAACAGAUGGGUAAUGACAUGAAUUACAAAGAGGUUCUUUAAUUUUUACUUGCAGAAUAAAUGCGGUCAGGCAUUUCUCUACUGGAUUGUUAUAAUUUACAUGUGAUUGUCUUUUUUGUCUGCUUUAUGGAUCAAACUUACAAUUUUUUGCUAGUUAUUUUGUAGUAAAUGGAACUGAUCAUAUCGUCUUCUACAAAAAUGGUCCCCUUUCAUCCCUCGCAUUCAAAGUAUUUGAAAAACCUUACAAAAUUCAAUUAAGGUACUAGGAAGUACAGGAGCAAAUGCUAGUACAAGCAAAUAGUAAUAAUAAAAAAAAAGUUUUGGCCAGCAAAAUGAUAGAAUGUACCUCCUAAACUAGACUCAAAUGACAUGAUCAUAACAUUUACGGCAUGUAGUUUAUUUUGGGGCAGUCUACUGCCAUGUUUUUGCCCAUGCACUAUUGUAGGGUGGCUUCCAUAGGAGCACUGCUGCAUCUUUGCAUUCAGCAAUUUAUGUAUUUAAAUACAUAUUGUUACUUGUGAAUAACUUUUUGUCUGUAUACUCGUGCCUCUCAAGUCCAAGUUUUUUUUGAGAAAUGAUGACUGAUAAGUGGCUUCAUUUUAUUGUGCUGCUCCUUGGUAAGAAACAAUAACACUUUUUACCUAAAACUGAACAGUAAAAUAAAUGUCCCAUAUCGC